AGGAUGGGCGUCUCUCUUUACCUUCAAGGCCCUUAACCGAUUUGAUUAUUUGAAGUCCAUUUCCUUCCCGGAACCGCUCGUACCUCAUCCUUAAUUCCUUAUCAUCUUACACAUCUAGUGCUAGAACUACACUACUACUAUUACACCAGUGAGACAGACAGAACGAGAUAUUCCGCCAUUGAAGCUCGUCUCAAAUCUUUCAUCUUACAUUUAAACUUUUCCACUAAGCUCGCGUUGUAGUUCAAGGUUGGCUGUUAUGGCUCUGAACUUGCUUUCUCCCUGGCAUCCUCGUUUCUCUCAUCCCUCUUCACCUCUCUCAAAAAUCUAUGCGGUUUCACCGAAUGGCAAAAGCGCUCUUUUGCUUCUCCUUUUAAGCAGAUGCAAUUAUGAAAUCUCUGCCUUUAGGCACCUCUGCUGCUCAAUCUCCUCCUCUUCGUCCCGCACGAAGAACUGCAGAACCCGAGCUUCUUUAAGCGAGAGAGAAAAUAUGGAGGCUGAAAACUCGGUUUCUGGGUUGUUGGAUGAUGAGUUACUGAGUCUUGUGUCAAGCGCAAAGGAUGCAAAUGAAGCCUUGGAGAUGAUUGCCGAGAAGUCUCAGAAAAAUGGAGGUGUUGUGGGGACUUCAGAUUGUUAUAUGAUUAUAACAGCUGCGUUUGGCCGAAACAAUGCCGACUUGGCAUUGUCAGUUUUCUCUGCCAUGCGUUCGAGCUUCGAUGAAGAGGGGGUUUUUAUAUGAAACAGGUAUUAGUGAGCAGGACACCGUUGAGAGAUGGAAGUGGUCAAGGCCAAAUGUACAAAUUUGCGCUUCAAUGGUUCAGGGUCUUGCAGCAUCAUUGCGGGUUACAGAUGCUAUUAGGACAAUAGGCGAUGCUUGUCGGGUGGGGGUUUCUGCUGGAGAGGAGGUGACUUUUGGGAAGAUUGUGAGAUGUCCCACUUGCAUGAUAGCAAUAGCUGUUGCACAACCUCAAAAUGGCAUUCAAAUUGCAACCUGUUCCAAGUGCCGCUACAAGUAUGAGCUUGUUUCUGGAGAUGUAGUUAGUAUUGAAUCAGAAGAAAUCAGCAUGGACAUUCCAGCAUGGGAACGAUGGUUAAGAUUCCUGCAAGUAAUGAAACAGAGCAUUCCUGCUGCUGUUCAUUCUAUUGUGGUUCAAACUCCUUCCAGAAAUGCUCGUACAUACAGGUUUGCUACAAAAACAGUGGAACUUCCUGCACAAGAAGGAGAAAGGAUAACCAUCUCUCUGGCAGCUCCUCCAAAUAUUUAUCGGGAUGUAGGUCCCCUUCGACUUAACCCAAAGGUUCCUGGUUUCAACCCUGGAGAGCCUAUUUGUCUGACAAACCACACAAAUGGACAGGAAUCACAGUUGCUAAGAGCCCCUAUAAAGAAUGGAAGUUUAUCUCUACUUAGUCCCUCUGUCCUCUUUCCUGCUCUUGUGGUGCUGGCUACUGGGGAUGCUGCAUCUGGGAUAAUAAAUCCCAGCUUGCCCCAGUUCAUUUUUGCCACUGCCGUUGCAUCGCUUGCCAUUGGAACUACUGUAAAUGGUUUAGUUUUGCCACAAUUGAGUCGGCUUCCUGAGAGAAUGGUUGAUGCAGUUGCCAUCAAGCAGCAACUUUUAUCUCAAUAUGAUGUACUUCAGGCCCGCAUUAAGGAUCUAAGAGAAGCCACUGAGAAAGAGGUUUGGAUGUUGGCUCGGAUGUGCCAAUUGGAGAAUAAAAUUUUAGCUGUGGGAGAACCUUCUUAUCGUGCUCGGAGAAGCAGAGUGCAAAGGGUACGUCAAAGUUUGGAGACUUCUAUAAUGGGACGGAUUGAGUUGAUUGAUAGCUAUGCAAGAAUAUCUUCAAUGAUUGAGAUUGAGGUAGAAAUGGACUCUGAUGUUCUUGCUGCUGAAGCAGUGAGUAAUGCGGAGAGUAUUGCAGAGCAGAUACAGCAAAUCAUGGAGCUAGAAAACCUUGAAGAGCGUUGGAGAAUGCAAGCAGAGGCUAAUGAUGAAGUGGAAAGGCUCCUCAGUUCUCAGCCUGUGCCUACAGAAUAGGUCUAGUAGCACAUAUACAAAGCAUGGUUUGCCAAUUUUCUUUACUCCGUAUUAGUUUCCAUGGGCGUAUUAGAACGCAUCACAUCCCAUGGCUAUUUUCAUGGUGCACCUCAUUGGUUUGCCCUUGGAGAUAACAUUGGCAGAAUCCAUUGAAAUUGAAGAUUAAUGGAAAGCAUUACCGCCAGAUUACUCUUCAAACCAUAGAGAAAAAUGCGCCAUAAUGAGUUGAUCAUGGAGAAAGGCAAGUAAUAGGCGGCAAUAAGUGGUAGAUUUCUUUCAAUGGGGCAUCUGAAGAUUGCUUUACUGGUUUGUCAGGUCACAUUGAUUGACCUAAUCUCUUCAUCAUCUUGUAUCAAUCACGAAGACAUGCUGGACCAUGGUUCCUAUGUAAACGAUGUUUUGUUGAUAUCGUGGCCUCAGCUGUUACUUUUUUCUUUUUUUUUUUUUUUUUCUCAGUAACAGCAUGCAUAUUUAUUCCAUGGAGCUGCUGGUGCUACAGCUUAUUGUAAUUUAAAAUUGUUACUAAAUCAUUUGAUGAUUUCCAAAGUCAGAUAUCAGAUAAAUCCUUUUUCUUUA